AUGGACCCACACCGCCGAUCCGCCGAUUCUUCAACCUCGUCGCCGUCCAGGUCAACCGCAUCAACACCUAGACUCGCUACUCAGGACGUGGUUUUGGCGCAUACUGACCCUCUGUCAACGCCCAACUUCCGGUCACACAAAGGAUCCUUGGACUCGCCGGGGCUCCUCUCGUUGAAGUCGGUCGACUCCGUCCCUGUCACUGGUGUCUAUCCCUUCGGCUCAUUGCGCAUCAACGAGCCGUCAGAGGACACCGACGCCGAAAUGGACCACGCCACCCCUCUCACCGUCCCCGACAGAACGCCAGACCCCGUAGAGAAGGACUCGGACAUGCUUCAGGGUGGUGACGUGCUCAUACUUGAUGAUUUGCCCGCCACCUUUACCGUUGGCUGUGAUACCAUCUCAUUCUCCACGACGCAGCAGUUUCUCGGAUUUCGUGAUAUCCCACCCGGUGCUCAUUUAAUUUGGGUAUCACCAUUGGAGUCAACCUCCUCUCGCAGCGGCUAUUGGAUCAGCACUCCGGAGAAGGAGGCCGGCAGCCCGGGCAAGGUCUAUGUCAAGCAAUGGGACAAGUUCAACGAAGUGCUUUCUGAUCCUGCAAGCCAGGCCGAGGAGCGAUUUCAGAGGGAGAGGCUCAGCCAAAUCUUUGCAAAACUUGCCCCAUAUCAGUUCAAGGCGUCCACCUCGGCUGUUGCGCCUCCAGGUCUUGCUGCCAAUGCAGACCCUCUGCCCUCUUUUCUCAGCAGCAUCACGAUAUGGCAACAGCUCACUUCGGCCAUUGGGCCACGGCUGCUUGAUCGCUUGGCCGGCGGGAAGCAGAAGGACGCGUGGGCCGUCAAUACUUCUGACCGCAUUGCUGGAGAGACUAGUCUUCCCGAGGAAGCCCACCUCUAUCCCACCUCUUCAGCACAGCUGACUUUCUCGUUCCCCAUGGACCAGCGGCUUUUUGAUCCGGCGGCCGCGGGCGCAGAGCGCACCCAGCAGGCUCUCGAUCCAUCAUCGUGGGUGCUCUCGCGUAUUGAAGAAGAGGACACACUGCUUGGCGAGGUCCAGUUCGCCUUUCUGACUGGCAUGCAUCUGGGCAACUACUCGUGCCUUGAGCAGUGGUGGUACUACACGACCAUGAUCAUCUUCCGGUCAUACCGGCUUUCUAUUGACCGGCCAGCUCUCGUGCUGCGGUUGAUACAGACAGUGCACGCGCAGCUGGUUUACAACGAGCGGUACCUGGAGGGCGCAUCGAUUCUAGACUCGGCUCCCGAGCAGGCCCGGCGGCUGCAGCGGGCGCUUACGGUGUACAAGUCGCGCCUGAAUGAGCAGCUUCUGUCACUAGGAGAGAGGUGUACGUCGGAGCAAGGCGCCGUGGGCGAGGCAUUUUCGGCGCUCGAGAGCUGGUUGUGGCGUCUUGGCUGGGACCUCCGCGGUGAUUACGUCCGAAGUGGAAAAGUAAUGCUCGAGGAUGGUGAGGUCAUUGACGCCGAGCUCUCCGAUUUCGAAAGCGAAGAUGAGCGGGGCGAGUUUGCUGCCGUUGUCGUCGAUGUGGAUGAGAAUGGUCGGCCUACUGACUUUGUUUCCGUCUGA